UCGAACUGCAUCGAAAAAAACAAUGUCGUUAUUUCAUUAAUUCUCUUUUGUCCUAUAGAUUGUGGUUCCGUUCAGUACAUUUUUGGUGAAGUGUCUAUUUGAGGUGUUAAAACUGAAUAUAAUCUGUUUGAGAGUUCAAUAAAUAACGAGGAAAUAACAUAAUUGACUGUCUAUUUUUAUGGGCUGUGCUGUGUCAUGUGUCCACCGAGCGACGAUGUCGUUGUUUGGUAGGCACCCUAGCACCUCUACCGACGCCAGAGUCAUGUUGGAGAGAAAGCUGUACCUCGCCAGGGAGUCCCCCGAACCAGAUUACGAUGUCUCCGGCUGUGAACUACGACAAGUGCCGUCCGGUAUCUAUUCAAUUUGUAAAGUGUAUAGAAAAACCCAUCUCCACCUGCAGUCAAAUAAUUUACAGUCUCUGGAGGAGGGUGGUCAGCUAUCAGACUUGCACCUCAUUCAAUAUCUCAAUAUCAGCAGCAACAAGUUUGUAAGCUUACCCAAUUCAAUCCGAUAUCUCAUCAACUUGACUGAGUUAUAUAUCCAAAACAACUAUAUUAUAUACUUGCCUGAAAAUAUACAUUUCUUGAUAAAUUUGAAUAUCCUGGAUGUAUCAUAUAAUAGACUGAAAAGCUUAACUCCAUCUUUAGGAAAGUUGAAGAAUCUGAGGAAACUGUCAAUAACGGAGAACAAGGAUUUACAUAAACUAUGUCCAGAGCUGUGUUUUGCAACUAAUAUCAGCACAUUAGAGUUAGACGGACAGCUUUUUACUUUUCCUCCAGCAGAUAUUGCUUCCAAGGGUACAACAGAGAUAAUGAAAUUUCUGUGCCAUGAAAUGAAAAUAGAUUACACCCCGCCCUCACCUUUGGAACAUGAGUUUUCAUCUGUACCUGUUAUAAACAGUGUUAAGGAUUCUUUUCAUACUGGCAAGACUAUGUCAUGGGAGGAGCAAGAAGCAGCAAUCACCGAGCAAGAAAAUAAAUUCCAUGAAGCGGCUAAGCAGCAGAGGGAGCGGUUUCUGUCACAAGUUUUGCAAGAUCGUCUUGAAUUGGACACUGAGAUAGCAAAAGUUCAUGAAGCAAAAGAGACUGAGCGACAAAGACUGAUUAAAGCUAUUCAAGAGGAUGAGAAGGAAAUUGAAUGUUUGGUGAAGAACUUCAUUCAGACUGAUCAACUCAGGCCUGAGGUUAUCCAGCAACAACUUGCCUAUGAUAUUGCCGAGCAUGAUAGACUCUUAGAAAUAACUCGGCAGAAUUAUGACAAUAUCAAAAAAACUGAUAUCUUAAAGGCCAUGGAGAACCUCAUAAAAGAAGACUACUUCAUUCAAUAUGCACGAAAAGAAUAUGAUGAAUGCAUUAAUGAUACAAAGAAAAAUAUGCUCUCAGAUGAAUUACAAAGUGUUGAAAAAUUAGAAGAUUUAUUAAAAGCUAAAGAUCAAUCUCGCACAAAUUUAGUUCAGCAACUUCUGGAGGACCAAGAUGUACAGAAAGCUGUGGUGGCAUCUCUAGUUGAGAGAGUUGAUGCAAAAAGUUGGAGCUUGAAUCAAGAAAUAUCUUUAAUUUCUCGCCAUUUAGCUCGGCUAAGUGUCAUUGAACAAGAAAAAAAUAAGCUACAUGUGGCAUGCAACUACAAUGAUCUACUAGCUCAAAGAAUGCAGCUUGUCACACUGUUAGAUGAUGUUUUGCAUCAGAAAAAUAAAAGACGGAUAGAAUUGAUAGAGACCUUAAAAGAAAUGGAAAAUGAGACAGACAAGACUACUGAUUUCUGGCUUAAAAAUUACCAAAAAUUGAUUGAUUUUGCUCCUAAAACCUUAUUAGAUGUUAGUAAGAAUUUAGAUCCCGUGUUGGCUAAUUAUUUAUUACAAGAAGGUGUAAUACAUUGUCUGCCAUUCUUGGUAAAGUUUUUAUUUUCUGAUAAUAAUAUAACUGACAUAACAUCAGAGAAAUUGAUUCAAUGUGGCAUAUCACAAUCUUCAGAUAGAGACGGCAUUAUCAGAGCCAUAAAUUAUUAUGUUGCGACUAAAACUAACAGUUCGUUCUACAGCAGUGGUUUAUCUGUAGUUGAGCCAAGUGCACCAUCAAAAUCAGUAAUAGAAGAUCAAAACUGCACGGGGGUUGUGAGCACAACAGAAACAGAGAAUGCAACAGUAGAGUCGGAAUGUGUGGUGUGCAUGGAUUCAAAAUGUGAAGUGGUGUUUGUCCCAUGCGGGCACAUGUGCUGCUGCCAUGGGUGUGCAGAUCAGGAGAUGGUUUGUUGCCCCAUGUGCAGAGCCGAUAUUGAAAGGAAGAUCAAAGUCAUGGUUGCAACAUCACGUUAAUAUAAAAGUGACAUGUCAAUUACAAAAGCGACCAACCAAUGUGGCUUUGAAGAUUACCUACUAUCUAUAACAAUUCCAUGUAAGUACCUAGCCUAGUGUUAUAAAUAACAGCAUUGUUAACUGUUUUUGGAUGUUUUGCACAUAACUAAGAUACAUAUUUUACAAUACCUUUGAAUAAGUGAUUGUAGAUAUAUAUAUAGUAAAAGUGUAUAAAUAAAUUGGAUAAAAUGAUAUUCUAAAAUUUAACUACUCAUAAAAUUGAACGUAAACAUUAAAUUAUCUAGUUAUAAGUUUUAUAUACAUGUUACAUGCAUUCAAUUAUAAACUUAAUUAAGUGUAUUGCAUUAUAUUAUAAUAUAUUAUUAAAAUUACAUUAAAUACACUUAUUUUAGUAGUACCAGUAUAUUCUUGCAUUUAUGAUUGACUAAUAUAAAAAUAAUUAAACUUCUCUUGCCUUAUUUUGUUGGGGUACUAAAAUAUUUGGCUAAUUCUAAGUUCGACUUUACAUUUUUUUCACAUCUGCAUAGUUUAUAAUUUUUUUUUUAAACUAAUCUGUGGUCCAACCAAUGGGCAUUCGACGUGCUGUCUCUCUGUCAUACUUACGUACGAAUUUACAAGUGCAACAGAGAGGCAAUACUUCGAACGUGGUUCGCGGUAGGUCCUCUGUUUAGGUAUACCGAACGUGCCUAAACGUUGGACAUAUAUAUACUUAUGUGUUGUCAGCAUUUUUUUAAUUGUUUCUGUAGCCAUCUGCGAUGCAGUGUUUACUUGCUUUAGACAUAUUUCUAUGCGACACCAGAGCUGGUGGAGAUCGUGCGGCGCGGAGCGACAUACGCCUACCAGCCCGCGUAGCCAACGUGCUUAUCGUUGACGCUCUGUGGCGAACGAAACGCAACUGUCACAGUCGCACUAAUUUGGAGGUGUGAUAGAGAGAGAUGACUACGCUACGCUACGGAGCGUUAACGAUUGUAACGUUGGCUACGCGGUCAGGGCUUAUAAUCCAAGCUAUCUUACAUCAAAUCCACCAACAUGUAACUCGAGGCUGUCAUUGACUGUUGCCGCGGAUACCUAUAUGACCACUGUUUUCCUGUUGUUUCCUCUGCCCUACUGUUAUACAGUCGACAUUGAACCACAUAAUAAAUAAUAGUACUACCGUACAGAAAUGACACUUGCUACAAAAACCGAAGUUUGACAGCGAUUCAGGGACGAAUCAUGCUGUCCCUUUCUAACAUAUGGUAUUAUCUCUUUCGGCUAUUUAGGGUUGUCAAAAUUCAAGUCAUUAUCUUAUCUGUGGUCGUGCACGCAAAGGGUCGUCAAGUUGUGCCAACCCUAAUAAUUGCUCGGAGCAAUGCUGAGCCGAACCGAGCCAAGAAUGACCGAAAGGAGGAGUGUUGUCCCACUGAUUGAACUCCCAAAAGCUUAAAAGCUUAAACCCCACACUGGCGUCUUUUUAGCGUCGGCGUCUAGUCAGCGCCAUUAAAAAUGGCGUCACUGCCCAGUUGCGCCAGCGUUGCGUCGAGCAGCAGCCAUAGAGUUGACUAGAUGCUGACGCUCGGGAGACGCUAGUGUGGGGUCGCCCUAAGAGUCACAUGAAUCUGCCGCCAAAAAGCCGUUCCCAUAAAAUCGAAACUACGCUUUCAUUUUAAAACGAUUUGCUUAAAUUACAUGAAACAAUUUGUUGCAACGAAAACAAGUGCCAGACAGAUAUCCCACCAAAAAAUGUUUCAUGUAAAAUGUUGCCAAGACGAAACCAUAAGGCUCGCACUGUCAAAAAGCUUCUAUAACUCUACAAGCCAUAACUUCACAAACUCUUCACCUUAGUCAAAAUAUGUGGCUUGGCCGUUUUACUACCGUCACAUGGGCGUAACGUAAAAAAUGAAUCACCGUUCAUUAUUUUUUAUUAAGUAUACAAUACUUCUUGUAGUAACGAAACGGCCAAGUCACCCGUACAAACGGAGUUUCGUUCUUAUUUUAAAACUACGCGUUGGAUUGUAAUGAAACUUCACACAUACAAUGACAUGAGGUAUCUAUCUCUGUAAUUAGUUUAAAUAGCUCCAGCUUAUAGGGAGCGUGCAUGAACUAUAGGAGGCAGCACAGGAGCCGUCAGAUUUUUGGCGCGAGGCGUAAAUGUGAUGUUUUUUGUUCCGAUGUAGCCCACAAGAUGGCAGAACCUACUAUGCACAAGAAAACACUUGACGUGUAAAUGUGCCUGUUUAUGGUUCCGAUUCAGACCACAAGAUGGCAGACCCUCCAACGCGCACGGUCCCUAUAAAACAAACGAAAUAGAGCUAAAACAAGUUUUGUAUGACAAACUUAAAUUCGUUGUAUUUUGUAACUAUGGUAUCUGAAGCUACGUAAACUAAUUACAGACAUAAAUAAACGUUAUCCUAUUCCUUUUAAAAUGAGAGCGUAACUAUGUUCGUAUAGAGAACCGAGCUUACUGCGGACUCUUAAUAAGUAAUACCAAUAACAAUAAUGUUCUUACCCCAUAUACCGGUUUUUUUAUCCCUUAGCCCACUACUUAGUCUAUCGCUUUCACCCAAUUACCUAGUUCAUUUUAGAUUCCAUCAACUCUCAAUAGUCCCGGCGGGUGCUGUCUGCGUGCGUUCCAUGACACGGGCAAGGGCAGCAUCCGCUCGGUGUACCAAGCAUUUCAUUAAAGUGUCAAAAGGGACUCUGCGUGUUAGCUUUGGCUCCGCGCAUGCCUCCCAAAGGUCCGAAAUACCAUUGUUCAUUUAUGGGUGACUUAUUUAUAUAUUUAGACAUAAAUAAAAUUCCAAGUUUUACAUCAUUGCAAGGAUUACUGCGGUACAUGUCGUUAAGGUCUAAAAGUUAAUUUAGAUCGGUUUUUAUUUGAUUACUAAGUAACGACAAUGCUUUAUUAUGUCUUGCCAUUCAUACAAUGGGUUAAAGGCUUCUGAUUUUAGCGUGUAAAUUUUUUACUUAGUCUUUUACGAUUAAUUGUUUAAACAUCCCUUAAAUGAACAAAUUCCUAGCUUGUUCCAGGCGUUCGUCAGUGCCCGAGAUACAGACCUAGAGAGGCUUCUUGUUUUGAAUAACAAUAGAUUGACUUAAAAAUAAUAAACUGUUAUAUUAUGAAUUUAUGAGAUGACCAGAUGACACAUAACUUCACUAAUUUGUCGAGUAAGUACAUGUACUGCAUGAUCAUGUAUCAUGGUAAGUACAUGUAGAAACUGCAUGAUCUUCUUCCUCGUGUCCUCAUGAUUGAGGGUUGCGACCACAUGAGAUCGUUAUUUUUUCACUAAGGCUCUCCAUUCUGCACGUCUUUCCGCCUUCCUAAUAAUAGGCGCCAGUGUAGAUCCCUGGCAGGCCUUCUUUACAAUGUCCACCCAGCGGGUUGUAAUGUCCACUACCCCGUCCUCCAUCCACCAUGCCAAAUAUAAUGCGCUUUUCGUAGUUGUCCGGCUCCCGUCUGGCUACGUGACCAAUGUAACUAAGGGUCCACUGGAGGCAAAUGGAUGAUAACCGGCACUGGAUUUUGAAUUCCGUCAGGAUUGACGCAUUAGUGCGGCGCGCCACUGCAUGAUCAUGUAUCAUAACAUGAUACUCAUUAAUGUAUAAAACCGUUAUAAACUUGUUGGCCAAUGAUUUAUAACGUUUUAUACUUACCGCAGUGAAGAAGGACGUAAACUACGCACAUUGUCUUUGUUUGGCAUCUCUCUAGGUAUCUCGUAUCGCAUUAUAUAUAUGUAAGUGGAUUGGUAUCAUUCGUUAAGCAUUUGAUUAUCUCAAUUAUCUGUCUUAUUUGCAAUUGAUACGUGCAAUCUUGACCUAUUAGAUAUAAAAUACACUCCUUUGCUAUAAUUUAUGUGCAAGGCUAAAUCUAAAUACACGUUAAACUAAUUAAGUAAUGACGUUAGAUUUUAAAUGAUCAGUCUUAAAAAAUAGUCCACGCAGUUCUUAAGUAUUUAACGUUAAGGUUAUAUAAUAACUAUUACCUAUAAGGUCUAAACGUCAAGAUACGUUCUAAAUGACUGUGCCUUCUAGGUGUUGUUGGUUAAAUUAUUCGAUAUUGCUUUUUACCUACACUGAGUUUUAUAUCGAACAUAUAAUUGUAUUAUAUGGCUGUGAAUUUGUAUUCGUAUUGUUUAAAUCUGGCGAGUUUAUACAUUUUUAGAACGUGCUUAAAAAAACUAAUAUUAACACAGAUUGAUACACUAGACUAGAUACGCUACUCUCGUAGAAAAUGAAUACUUUGGUUGCUAUUAAUGGACUGUCUCGCAUCUCGUAAAAUUAUUAUUUAUGACUAUUAACAAAUCAAAUAAAAAAUCGGCCAAGAGUAUGUCGGGCCAUGCUCAGUGUAGGGUUCCGUAGUUUCCCGUCCGUCAAAUCGAUCGAACCGAUCAGGUUCGAUACAGUGUUCUUUGCAAGUCUUUACUAAACUUUACUUUCAAAUUUUUUUUUCAUAUUUUUGGGGCCCAAGGUUCAAAAGGGAGAGGGGAGGGGACACAAUUUUUCUUUCUUUCAGAGCGACCUAUCGCACCCACCCACACUAUAGAGUAGAAACGAUAACAAAUCCCCUGCGUGGAAUACCAUUACGUAAUAUUUAACUUUUGAAGCAAGUGUGUGUAACUUAUAACAAUAUUAAAUUUUUAAAUAACACAUACUGGCAGUAGUAGAAGAGCAUAUGUUUUUUUGAGACUGGCGGGAGUCUGGAUAUGCUGAAAUUAGGAUCCUGAUUAUCUGGUUAUGCUAAAUCAUUAAAUUACUUAUUAAUUACUUUAAUUAAUAGAAAAAAAAUACCGAAACUGGAGGGAAGUUUUUACUCUGUUAAACUGUGUGUGUGUGUGUGUGUGUGUCAUUGAUACAGUCGCCAUCAGAUAUAUCGGAGCAGCCAAGGUGCUCACAAAUAUCUGAACACGCAUCUAUUGUCAAGGCGCUAGAGUGCGUGUUCAGAUAUAUUUGAGCAGCUCGGCCGCUCCGAUAUACAUAUUUGAUGGCGACUGUACAUCCUACAUAUCACCUACCUACUACUCACUUUAUACAUUUUUAAUAUAGGGUAUAUAAAGAUCAAUAAAUCACCAGUUACAAGUGUUCUUGACUUCUCACUUAUACCUACUAUAGAGUAAAACAAAUGAACAAUCUUUAGGUAUUCAUAGUGAAAAGUUGGAACCCCAGAUAAAAUCCCAGUGUAUACGUGUAAUGUCUUUAUGUACAUAUUAAUCUAAGUCUAAGGCCCUCAGCACACGGAGCGUAAGCGAUGCGUAAUACGCGCGUAGAACGAGGGCGCUACAAGCACGAACAACUUCAAACAAGUCCGCACACGAAGCGUCGUCGAACGCGACACGCGAACCACGUUCGACGUAUUGCCUCUCUGUCGCACUUGUAAAUACGUACGUAAGCGUGACAGGGAGGCAACACGUCGAACGUAUUUACUAUACUAUAUAUUUACAGAACUAUACGCGUCUCGUAUUCGUAACGUUUUUACGAUAAGCUUACGCGACGCUUACGCUUCGUGUUUUGAGGGCCAUAAUUGUAGUUUUUUUACGAGAGGAGGUCUAGAAGUAUGUUUGGUAUAGUAGUAUUUGGAGAUUUAUUAACAUGGACUAUACUUCCGAUUCGUCAAAGCUGGCGCGGAUUUUCUAUGAAAAUUUUGACAGUUCAGUACAAAUCUUGCGCCAGCUCUUAUGAAUCUACUUGUACCUACCUAUUAUUAAUACAAGUAAAAGAGCCAUAGUGAACCGUGCUAGUACCAACAUAAUGUAAUGUGGUAUCGGCCUGUCAGUUAGAACAAAAAGUUGACAGUUCCGAACAACUGACAGGCCGAUACCGUGCGGCGGUCUGUUAAUCAGUGGGCACCUUUAAACUACGUAGAUUUUAGAAAAGCUCGAAGUAGAUGAGACUGUUGACCGGGAAACAUAGUUGUUUAUUUCCCUUUGGAUCUCACCUCUUAAAUGUGGCUGUAUAUAAAAUCAAAUUUUGAUUAAAAAUUAAAUGGACGUAUGUAAAGAAAUAUGUACAACAGGUUAUAAUUAUUCAUUGAAUCCAUAAGACGGUUGGAAGCUAAACAAAAUGCAUCGCUUGUAACUUAGUUAAUAAAUAAACUUGAAUGUGAAUUCGUUAAAUAAUAGCUACUUUAUUUAGGCGUUUAUUAUCGUUUGGCUUCUCCUCGUAGUAAAUAUAUUUGAGCUGUUUCAUAUUUUUUGGGUAAAUAUAUUUCCAUGUUAUCUAAAGGGACCGCCUAUUUUAUUGCGGAUUCAGUAUUUUACCCAUUUGUAAUAGUAUAUUGUUCAACGCGAGCGGGAAAAUGAAAUAUUGCAAACGAGGUCUUUAUAUGUACGACAGCCGCAGGCUGGAGUGCAUUAAAGACUUGAGUUUACAAUAUUCUUACCCCCGGAGUUACACAAAAAGUUUUUUAACACACGUGUAAAGAAAAAAUUAAAUUAUAAACGUCAGUAUUUUAAAACUCAUUUAUACCUAAUUGGUUCGUAUGAAUUAGUGACACAAUUAAUAACAUAUUAUUUUUCACAAUCCGUAACUCCCGUGGGAAUUACUUUGUUCUUCAGUAUAUCUACAUGAAAUAAGAUUUUUUUCGCGCAAAUGUGAUAAAAAAGUACAUAGUUACUUCGCAGAGUAUGUUCAGGAAGACGUUCAAAAACCACUAUGUAUGCUUUAUUAUUGGUAAUCUAUUAUUUCAUAAGUCGGGUAUUCUACAAAAUGGAGUGCUUUUCAUAUUUUGAAGCUCUUUAAAUUUAAGUACACCUAUUUUGCACAGAUAUUGACAUGAAUUACAAUUUUUAUGUAAAAUAGUUAUUUUAUAUAUGUAGGCAUGCAAGGCUAAGAAACAUACGUAGCUUUUAAUCUUUAUUAUAAUAGACGUAAGUGUAAUCGGAGUUUUACAAGCACAAACAGCUUAUUCGUCCAGGAAGAAGUCAUGAUCAUAGUCAUAGUAUCAUCACAACUUUUGUGUCAUUUUGGUUUCAAAAUAGUAGAAACUGUUUAAGAUCACAUAUUUGACACAACGACGAUCAGCGAUAUCGUAACUUUAGUAUACGUUUAUGAAUAAGGGUGUAAAUGAAUUGCAAAGUUUUAUGUUUUUAACUGCUAAGCCACAAAUGGCUUGUUUGCAGCCAGAGUUCGGACUAAUGCACUACUCGUAUUUAGGUGUGCAUAAUAUUGUAUAUACACAUAUUACAUUACGCGCCAGAGGAGAUACAUUCAUAGUUAGGUAUUAGAUGAUAACAUUUUUUUUAUCGACGUGGCACUCAAAGGCCCGCAACACCCCAAUAAUAAUAAUAAUAGGUUAAGUAUAAAAUUAACGAGGUGAUUUAUUUCGACAACGCGGGUUAAAAAAACGCGUAGUAGGUUACUGUUUCUGUGGUGAGUACUCCAAGACUAUGUUACCAAGGUAAUUGUAUACUUAAACAUGUAGGGCCAUGCUCAGGGCCUUCGCAGCACUUGUACGUCUUUUUACUAAGAAGGGAAGACUUUUAGCGAAAAGUCAAAAACGGCUUAAUCGGUCAUGUUCGAUAUAGUUUUCAUUGAAAGUCUUCACUAGAUUUUACGUUUUUUUCAUAUAUUAUGACCCAUGGUUCAUCAGUUAGAGAGGGGGGCACAAUUUUAAUUUUCGUUCGGAGCGGUUAUUUACGAAUAGAUUUACUUUAUACAAAAAAGGUUCGUAAGGCUUAUCCUAGGCAAAAAAACCAGACAAGUAAAAGUCUGACUCGCCGACCGAGUAAUGUAGAAUUUUUAUAUUAUUUAUUUUUUACUACUUUAUAAUUUUCUGAUUUUUUCCCUGUACUUGAAGUAUAGGACGAUUUUACUUGCCAAAUUUCAUAGUUCUAGGUCAACAGUAAGUACCCGAUAAACGUUUUUGUACGUGACGAAAUAUACGUUUUUGCGGUAUCUUUUUUUUACGUUAACUUAAAAGUUUGAUUUCUUCACAGCUUGGUUUUAAUUUUCGAUACCUCCACGCGUUCCCGAGAUAAAGACGGACAACAAAGUGAUCCCAAAAGGGCUCCAUUUUUCCUUUUUAGGUACGGAACCUUAACAAUUCAUCCCCACUCAGCGUGUACGGGUGGUACCCUGCACGUAUUUUUUGUAUUUUUUAUUUUACCACUUUGUCGAUGUGAAUUAUUUAUAUAUCCAUACUAAAUUGCAGCUUUCUAGCACUAAAGCCGAGGACUGAUAGACAGGCGGACAUGGCGAAACUGUAAGGGUUCCUGGUUGACGACGGAACCCUAAAAAGUGAGAGUAGCGUACAUACCGUACCCCUAGUGUAAAUUUAUUCGAUAGCGAAACGUGACGCACGCAUUUGCGUUAAGCCUCAUUUUGUAUGGGAUUUUGAAUGUCCGAAACGUCCCGCUUGGCGCGCUGUUUCUAAAUCCCAUACAAAAUGGGACUUCACGCAAACGCCAUCGGUUAAAUUUACACUAGGAAAGGGACUAGGGCUAGGGCUAGGGACUCAAAAAGACUUAUAUAAUUACUUGUGUUUAUUUUUUAUAAUUUCAAUGGAUCAUGCACAUUUUACGAUAAAUGGGUGCUGUCAAAUUCUGUCGGAUCUGCGUGUGUCAAAUAUGUGAUCUUAGGAUAAUACCACUAUAAAGAUUAAUUUUAUAAGUUUGACGACCGGUUUGGCCUAGUGGGUAGUGACCCUGCCUACGAAGCUGAUGGUCUCGGGUUCAAAUCCUGGUAAGGGUAUUUAUUCGUGUGAUGAGCAUGGAUAUUUGUUCCUGAGUCAUGGGUGUUUUCUAUGUAUUUAAGUAUUUAUAAAUAUUUAUAUAUUAUAUAUAUCGUUGUCUAAGUACCCUCAACACAAGCCUUAUUGAGCUUACUGUGGGACUUAGUCAAUUUGUGUAAUAAUGUCCUAUAAUAUUUAUUAUUAUUAUUUAUUAUAAGUAUUCUAUGUAUAUAAGUACAUAUUUGUAUGUUAUAUAUAUCGUUGUUUGAGUACCCACAGCACAAGUUUUCUUGAGCUCAGUGGGACUUAGUCACUUUGUGUAAGAACGUGCCUAUAAUAUUUAUUUAUUUAAUUUUUUUAUAUCAUUUGCUUCCUAAUUCGAUAACCUCAUUAUGGUGUAACAAAAACGAUAGCCACAAAAUUUACUGAUGUCUGUUAAAACAACCCACAUAAGGCGCUGCGAAAUAACUACAAUAAAUUACAGUGCAUCUACUCAAUAACAGGUGUAUAUACUCGUACAUUAGCAAAUAUUUUAAAGGAAAAUUCGUGUAAGUUAAUGAGAAAUAAUUAUUUAUAGAACAAACCAAAAAUUCUAAAAUUGAUGUAAGUAGAGUAAGCUCAUUUACUGUAGUCUAUAGUUUAGUAAUAAACGUAUUAUACACCGUGUUUUUAUUCAAUUCCGUUAACUUCGUGGUAUGGCUAAAUAAGUUUAAGCAAAGAGAAUUUAGUAAGUAUAGAGGCGUAUUGUCAAAGUAAAUUUUGUAUUCAACUAAAUUUAGUGCCAUCUUUCGACACAGGACUAAAACUCUUAGAAUGACCCAUGUUCUUUCACUGAUAUGUGUUAAAUAUCAAACGGUGUCGCCAUCUACUCGAGCUUAAAUGUUUCUUGAUUUUUCGAGGCACGUUUUUUUCUUAGAGUUUAUUUAUUUUAAUACGGAGUUUAAGGAACCGAAAUGGUCACGUUAAUUUUCAAACCUGUAUUAAAAAAAAAAUUUUUUUCAUGAUAAGUAAUUUUAAGUGCUGCCUAGCGUUGUUAUAAUAUGGACAUUAUUAUUUAACUCGACCAAACAAUUGAAAACUAUGACAUUUCGAACAUCGAUCGUUUUAGAUAGUACUUGCGUUAAGUAGCACAUGUAUAAACUCGUACUAAACACUAAUCAAGUAAUCAAUAUGUAAACAGACUCUAAGGCAAAUGUACACGUUCGUAGGGGCCUUAUCAAAUAAAACCAAAUUAUUGAUCAUCACCUAAAUGGAGUCAAUUAGAAUACCGGUGUCUUUGAAAAAGUAACUUUAUUUAAGCCCAGGAAUGUACUCUUUUAAUUAACGAAAAAAAACACGAUGUAUAAUGUAUGUAUUAUUAUAAGAAUUUGUGCAAUAAGGCAGCAAUUAAUGUGUUUAUUGGAUCUGCAAUAUUUAUUUGCCUUUGUUAUGUAUUGUUAAUUUUUUAAACAUUGUUCUGCUUAAAUAUUUAUCUUACCAAAGUGUUCUAAUUACGUAUCUAAUUAUAUUGUCAAACACGUGCAA